AAGUUGUCUAUCGUGUUCCUUCAAACGUUGUUCAACAUCACUGGAAGCUGAUUUGUUUUUUCUAUUUAUUCACAUCCGUGAAAAGUAUGUUAGAGAAGAAAUAGUGCCGGCGAGUUUGAGAAAUUGAUUGAAAAUAAUCAUGGCGUCUUCAGACUCAGGACCGAUGGGAAAGAGAGUCCCAAAAGUGGCAAAGGUUAAGAACAAGGCACCAGCUCCAGUGCAGAUCACUGCUGAGCAGCUUCUCCGAGAAGCAAAAGAACGGCAGCUUGAACUUUCUUUGCCACCUCCCAAGCAGAAGAUCUCAGACCCUGAUGAGCUUGCAGAGUACAAGCUACGCAAACGAAAGGCAUUUGAAGAUAAUAUCCGUAAGAACAGAUCUGUUGUAGCAAACUGGUUGAAGUACGCUCAGUGGGAAGAAUCACAACAAGAGAUCCAAAGGGCCAGAUCGGUCUAUGAGAGGUCUUUAGAUGUUGACCAUCGCAACAUAACAAUAUGGCUCAAGUAUGCAGAGAUGGAAAUGAGACAUCGGCAGAUCAACCAUGCAAGGAACAUCUGGGACAGAGCAGUCACCAUUCUCCCUAGAGUGAACCAGUUUUGGUAUAAGUACACUUACAUGGAGGAAAUGCUUGGUAAUAUAGCAGGGGCCCGUCAGAUCUUUGAGCGCUGGAUGGAAUGGGAACCAGAAGAGCAGGCAUGGCACUCGUAUAUCAACAUGGAGUUAAGAUACAAGGAAGUUGAACAUGCCCGGACAAUUUACGAGAGAUUUGUGCUUGUUCACCCCGAUGUCAAAAAUUGGGUCAAGUUUGCAAAGUUUGAAGAACGUCAAGGUAACAUUGUUGGUGCUAGGGGGGUUUAUGAGAGGGCCGUAGAGUUCUAUGGAGAAGAACACAUGGACGAGAAACUGUUUUUGGCUUUUGGGAAGUUUGAAGAGGGCUGUAAAGAGCAUGAUAGAGUUCGCACCAUUUACAAGUAUGCACUUGACAAUCUACCCAAGGAGCAAUGCCAGGAACUGUACAAGAGCUUUACACAGCAUGAAAAGAAAUAUGGAGACAAGGGUGGAAUUGAGAAUGUUAUUGUCAGCAAGAGAAAGUUCCAGUAUGAAGAGGAGGUAAAGGCAAACCCUAACAAUUAUGAUGCCUGGUUUGACUACUUGCGUCUGAUGGAGGCCGAGGCUGAUGUCAGUACAGUCAGGGAGUUGUACGAGAGAUCAAUUGCCAAUGUCCCACUUGCUGCAGAGAAAACAUUGUGGAGAAGGUACAUUUACCUGUGGAUCAACUAUGCUCUGUAUGAAGAACUUAUGGCCAAGGAUAUUGAAAGGACUAGACUUGUGUACAGGGCAUGCCUUGAUGUUAUUCCACAUGGAAAGUUUACUUUUGCCAAGAUCUGGCUUUUAUAUGCACAGUUUGAAAUCAGGCAGAAGAACUUGGCAGAUGCUCGCAAAGCCCUGGGUACUGCUAUUGGUAAAUGCCCAAAGGACAAAUUGUUCCGAGAAUACAUAGGUCUUGAAUUACAGCUGCGGGAGUUUGAUCGCUGCAGGAAGAUUUAUGAGAAGUUUCUCACAUUUAAUCCUGCAAACUGCACAACCUGGGUCAAGUAUGCUGAGCUUGAGUCUGUUUUGGGUGAUGUUGAUCGUGCUAGAGCACUAUUUGAGCUUGCAGUGGCUCAACCACUUCUUGAUAUGCCUGAGGUUCUUUGGAAAGCUUACAUUGACUUUGAGAUCAAUCAAGAAGAAUUUGAUCAUACUCGAGACCUCUAUGAACGGUUACUGAAGCGUACCAAUCAUGUCAAGGUGUGGAUCAGUUAUGCACAGUUUGAACUCACAACUGGAGUAGAAGGGUGCACGGAUCAGGCAAGGGGUAUCUACAAACGUGCUGACAAGCAGUUGCGUUCAGCUGAGAAUAAGGAGGAGCGAGUGCUACUACUCGAGUCAUGGAAGGAAUUAGAGGAUUCUUAUGGUGAUGAAUCGAGUCAGACAGAAAUGAAAAACCGAAUGCCACGGCGUGUGAAGCGGCGUCGCAAGCUGCAGGCAGAUGAUGGAAGUGAUGCUGGCUGGGAGGAAUAUUACGACUACAUCUUCCCUGAUGAUGACACCUCUAUGCCAAAUUUCAAACUUCUACAAAUGGCGAAGAUGUGGAAAGAGAAGCAGAAAACAUAGGUAGUGCGCCAAAAAGAUUGUAUGUAGGUACAAAACUUUGUAGUUUGCAAAGGUUUUUUUUUUAGGAAUCACUCUGCUGACAGGCAAGGAACUUGAUAGGCUAGUGGUCAUGAAGAAGAUACAGGAUCUACUACUUACUACGCUCCUCCACAUCCUAAUUUUACAAGAUAGCAACCUCUGGGCUUUCUCCCCGAAACAAAAAAACUUCUAAGCCUACAAGUAGGCUAUGCCUACACUAUUUUGGAAAGGAUAAGGAACACAACAGAUACUUUUCAGCUUUUAAUGUUUUAAAGGGCCAUCUCACUAGAUUGGUCAAUCAAAGAAAUUAUGCCAAUAAAAUCUCUUUAUUAUCCGUGAUAGGAGGUGCAUGGAUAUGAUGUGAACUGUACAGAUAAUUUUUUUUAAUUAAAAAAUUCUAGAAAAGUGUGAUUCUUAUUCCAAGUAUUUAACUUUUUCAUUCAUUGGCCAUCGGAACUAACAAAACUCUUCUUGAAUGCAAUGUUGGGGUGAUCCUGCCUCAAUUGCUUCACAAAUUCAUUACUCAGUUUAUUACAAAAGGACAGAUCAGCAAAUUUAAGCUUGCAGCAAUUUUGUACCACUCUGAAAACAAAGACAAAUAUUGAUUAAUACCUAUUCAUACUUUGUAUGCUUCUGUAUAAGGUAACAUAACAAAAAUGUAGACAACAGAUAACAGUAGAACUGUUUCAAUAAUUAAAUAGAAUCCUUUGAAACACAUAUUUUUUCUGAUACAUUUCAACAAUUUUCCAUGAUGCAAUAAAAUGGCAUUUGGUCUGUU